AUGUGUUUGAGAAACAAGUUAAACGAGGCAGCUAAAGCAGGAAAUAUAGAUGGCUUGUAUGACGUAAUCGGGAGAGAUCCAUAUAUUCUAGACCGAAUCAGUGAAAUUCCGUUCGUCGACACUCCGGUGCACGUAGCUGUAGCGUCGGGGCAUGUAGAUUUCGCGGUGGAGGUUAUGAAUUUGAAGUCAUCAUUUGCCAGGAAGCUGAACAAAGAGGGCUAUAGUCCGAUUCACUUGGCAUUUCAAAAUGAGGGAACUCUGCUUCGUCUCGUGGAAACGGAUAAAGAUCUUAUUCGUGUCAAAGGUAGAGAAGGCUGCACGCCUUUACAUUAUGCAGCUCAGCACGGUAACCUUAAUCUUUUGGCCAAAUUUUUAGUUGCUUGUCCCGAAUCUAUACACGACGUGACGAUUCGGGACGAGACUGCUUUGCACGUUGCUGCGAAGAACAACAAACUCGAAGCUCUUCGUGUCCUGGUGCAAUUGCUUCGGAGGACCUAUUUUUACAGCUGUUCCACAGGGAAAAAGCUAUUGAAUUGGAAAGACAAGGAUGGCAACACUGUAUUGCACGUUGCUGCAUACAAUAAUCAACCUAAGAUGAUCAAAUUGUUAUUAGAUUGCAAAGUUAAUGUGAAUGAGAUCAAUUCAAGUGGUAAAACACCAUUGGAUGUCAUACAAGAACUUCAAACCCCAGACGAGGCUUCAAAGAAAGAUGUUAGGCGAAUUCUACUCAAUACCGAAGCUUUGAAUGCUUCCUCGACUCCAAGGCCUCAACCCUUACACGAACAAUUAAGAUCGACUAUUACAUUUACCGAAAGAGCAUUUGGCGAAGUGCUUCAUGACAUCGCAAACAUGUCAACCGAAAGAAGUGGUGCUGUUCUUGUGAUAUUAGUCCUCAUUCUAACAUCGACUUACCAAGCCACUCUUAGCCCUCCCGGUGGUGUUUUACAAGGCGAUGGUGGAGACUCGCACGAUCAUCUCGAGCCUCGUAGUCUCGUCUCACGGAAGAUGCUUCAAAAGUACGUGCUUCCAAAUGAUGGACCGACGUUUAGGGACAAAUCACUCCAUCGUGUUAACUCGAAAGAGGGGAAAUCGGCAUUGAAUUCGGCGGCUUUUCUUCUGUUUUAUGUUCCAAACACUCUAGCUUUCAUUAUGACAUUUAUUUUGACGCUGGGGCUGCUUGCGAUUGUUGCCAGUGGGGUAACAUGGCUUCUUUUACCGCCUUUACUUCUUUUAUAUUUUUGCCAACUGAGUUCUACAAUUGACAUAUCUCCCACAUCGGCUGUUGUAGUCUUGAUUUUUCUUCCUUUUCUUAGUUUACCUAUAAUGUUCAGAAUCAUUGGACAUGCAAGAAGUCUUAGGAAAUAUAUGGGUGACAAAGUUUAG